AUGUCAAGGCAUAACUAAAAUGAAAAUCCUGUUUAUGAUGAAUUCGAUCCUGAUAAUUUGGAUAUGGAUGAUAUUGUGAAGAGAAGAUGGAAAACUAAGAGUGGUAAAGUAGUUGGCUUCAAAAAUAAUGGCUUACCUUUUUUCUAAAAAACAUUUUUAGAUGUAAAUAUAUUCUCUAUAUCCAGCCAAAAAAAUUAGGAAGUCAACCAAUAUCAGAUAAAAUUAGAGAAUUCUUGAAGGAAAAGGAAAUUGCUAUAAAAUCAUUAGAUGGACAACCUUGCCCCUAUCCAUUUCUAACUUGGGAAAGUACAUAAUUUCCUCCCCAAAUAUAAAAUGUUGUAGAUGGACUUAAAUUUCGAAAUCCAACUCCUAUUUAAUCUGUUGGUAAUAUUUAAUAUUUAUAUCAUAGUUUUCCCAUUGAUUUUAAGUGGAUAUGAUGUUAUUGGUGUUGCUGAAACAGGAUCAGGUAAAACCUUCGGGUAUUUAUUACCUGGCCUUAUUUAAAUUAAAUGUCAAAAAUAUGAUUCUAAAUAUAGAGAUAGGGUAAAUGGCCCUGAAAUACUAAUUCUAGCACCAACUAGGGAAUUAGUUAUGCAAAUAAAAUAAUAAGUAGAACUAUUUAUGAAGCCCAAUAAUUUAACUGUUGCAAUGGCAUAUGGUGGAUAAAAUAGAGAUUAAUAAGCAGCAUAAAUAAGAAGAAAUCCAGAUAUCUUGGUUGCAUGUCCUGGUAGAUUGAAAGAUUUUUUAUAAGAAGGGAUAUUAGUAUUAUCGAAAGUGACAUAUCUAGUGAUAGAUGAAGCUGAUCGAUUAUUGGAUAUGGGUUUUGAAGACGAUGUUAGAUAUAUAGUUGAAUAGACUAGAUAAGAUAGAUAGACUGUAUUCUUUUCGGCAACUUGGCCUAAAGCAGUUAGGAAUUUAUCACUUGAUUUUUGUGCAGAGGAUCCAAUAUAUGUAUAAGUGGGUAGAUCUAAUCUUACAAUAAAUAAAAAUAUAGAUUAAGAAGUUAUUUGUUUAUAUAAUAAUCAAAAAUUAUAAACCUUACUAGAUAUUUUGGAUUAAUUAAAAAUUAAUGAUAAAGUUCUGAUAUUUGCAGAAACUAGAAUUAGUUGUGAAUAAUUAUCAGUUGAUAUGACUAAUGAGGGAUAUUAUGCAGUAGCACUUCAUGGAAAUAAAACAUAGUAAUAAAGAGAUUCUAUUAUGGCAUUAUAUAAGUAAGGUGAUACAAAAUUACUAUGUGCCACUGACUUAGCUUCAAGAGGAUUGGAUGUAUCUGAUAUUACUGUUGUAGUCAAUUAUGAUUUUCCAAAAUAUUUUGAUGAUUAUAUUCAUAGAAUUGGUAGAACUGGAAGAGCUGGUAGGAAAGGAAGAGCUAUUAGUUUUUUUUCUAUUGGAAAAGAUUAACCUUAAAUGGCAAGAGAAUUAUUGAAAUUUAAUCAAAUACAUAAGUUAAAAUUAAAUGAAUAACUUAUGCAAGAUUUAGCAAAUGGAAUAAGUAAUUAUCAAUAAAAUAUAAUAUAGAAUUGGAAAGAAAUAAUAAUUUUAAUGGUAUUACUAAAUAUGGUGGUUAAAUUAUGACACAUUAGAAUAACUCUAAAUUUAUUGUUCCAAAUUUAACUAAAGAAGAAUAAGCUAAAUUCUAUAUGCAACCUUAACAAUAUGAAAAUGUGUAAUAUUUUGUAACAUUAUUUUUAGUUAAAAUAAAAAUAGAUCAAAUAAUUAUGGAAGAUAAGAUUAAUUAAGACCUAAUAAAGGAUAAUAUCAUAAUAAUAAAUAAAAAACUUAUGAAGAAUAAUUUUAUAAAGACAGAUAUCAAUAAAAUAAUUAGUAAAGGAGAUAAUAAUUUCCAUUUUAAAACGAAAAUAGAUUUGAUGAUCAGAACCGUUUUCAAGGAUAAAGAAGAGAAGAUUAUUUAAAUUCUGGUAGAGAUAAUGUCAGAUCAAAUCAAUAGCCUAGAUUUGGAAAUCAAGGGGCAGGCUCUUAAAGAAAUGAUUAGAUAUGGCCAAAUAAUUAAUACUAAAAUUUUGGAAUAUAAUAAGACAAUAGAAGAGAUGAUUAUAGAGGAGAAAAAAAUGAUUUUUAAAAUAGAUAAGCUCCUUAUUAAUAAUAAGGUUAUCCACCUUAAUAAUAAUAAGGUUAUCCUCAAUAAUAAUAAUAAAGUUAUCCUCCUUAAAAUAAAGAUUAAUGGAAUUCAAAUUAGAGAGAUUAAUUGAACAAUAACAGAAGUUAAUAAUUUUAGUAAAAUACUUAUGAUAAUGAGAAAAGAGGAUAACCAAAUAAUGCUUCAAGAAAUUAAUAUAGUAAUCAUAGAAAUUAUUAAAAUAAUCCUUUUGUUAAUGAUAAAGAUGGAAAUUAAAGAAGUUAUAAUUAAGAUUAAAGAGGCUAUUAAAAUUAAUUAUCUUCUGAUUAAGGAAGAGGCUAUCAUGAUACCAGAGUUGACGAUUAAUUUGAAAAUUAAAGAAAUAAAAAUCCAAAUUAUAGAUUUUAUGAUAAUUAAGAUAAUGACAAUCGUAAUAGAUAAGGAAUUUAAUCUUAUGAAUAAAAUUAAUAAUAAAUGAAAACAAAUCCAACUGAUAAUUACAGAGACAGAAAUUAAGAUUAAAACUAAUAAAAUUAUCCAUAAAAUCGAAGAAUUAAUAAUGAUUACAAUAAUAAUUACAGAGAAAAUAAUACUAGAUAAUUUGUAGAUUUAAAUAGACCAUAAGAUGAUAGCUAAUAUAUUAGGAAAGAUUCAUCUCAAUAAUUAGGGCCAAAUACAUAACAGAAUUUUAACAACUUAAAACCUAAUGAGGAACAAAUUUAAUUAAGAGAAAAUGUUUAAGCUAUUCAACCUAAUUUAGAUUAUUAGGGAAGAUCUCAAAAUUUAAGAUUAAAAGAUGAAAGAUUAAAUGAAGGUUAUAUUAAAAUUUAAGAAAUAAACCCAAAGAUUAUACCAUAAUAAUUAUAGGUAUAUAAUUUUUAAAUUUGAUAGGGAGAUUUGUAAGUUGAUCAAUUUCCUCCUACUAAUAGAAUUAAUGACAACUUUAAACCAAAUUCCAAUAAUAAUAUUCCUUAAGCAGCCUUAGAAUAAUAGUAAUUUAAUUAACCUUUUGCAUAAAGGCAAGAUUCAAAUCUUUUUAUAAAGGAAAGAUUUUAAAGUUAAUAGUAAGGGUAAAUUGAUAUAUUUAUAUAAUAGGGUUGAUAGAUAAUAUAACUAAAAUUAAAGAUCUCUUUUAGACUAAAAAACAGAUUAAUUGAUAAAUAGUCAAGAUAAUUAAAUACAAAAUGAUAAUAGAUAAAGAUAGUAUUAAGAUAAUUUUAGACCAUUUUAAUAAGAUGUUUAGAGUUUUUAAAGGAAUGAAAGAGUAUUGGAUGAAUAAGAUGAUAAUGAGAAUCAAUUAGAUUUCACUCAAUAUUCUAGAGAAGUGGAAAAUAAUUAGAAAAAAUUUGAGCUUGAAUAAGUUCCAAAGUAUGUUAAAUAAAUAAUAUUUAUAGAACUAACUUAUAAGAGUUAAGGAAUAGUAGGAAGAAUUCUGAUUAAUAAGAAAGGCAGGAUUUAGAAUAAAAUGCAGAUUCUUAAAUUUAGUAUUGAUU